CUCCCUAGAAAGGCCAAAACCUAGGAAGAAACCUAGAGAGGAACCAGGCUAUGUGGGGUGGCCAGUCCUCUUCUGGCUGUGCCGGGUGGAGUUUAUAACAGAACAUGGCCUAGAGGACAGACAGCUGUUUAACGUGAGAGGCUCAGCCAUGUUAGGACUGUAUGCCUGGCAGUCCUAACAUGGUGGCGGCAGGGUAGCCUAGUGGUUAGAGUGUAGGGACGGCAGGGUAGCCUAGUGGUUAGAGUGUAGGGACGGCAGGGUAGCCUAGUGGUUAAAGUGUAGGGACGGCAGGGUGGUUACACCAUGCCCACAGACAACGCCCACUAGAGUUAAUGAUUCCACCUCUUCCUUUUAAACAGAGGUGUGUGAGAGGUGUGUGUCAUUUAUUUGAGCUGUGAGGUGCUGGUGAGACACAUCCUUCUGUUGCCCAGCAGUGUGCAACUCCUCCUCCUCAGCUGUGGUGUUGAUAGAUACUAAUACCACAAAGGCAAUACCACAUACAGGGUUCUCCCAGGGAUCUUUUUUUAACAAAGAGGUGCUACUGAGUACAGCGGGAUGGAGGACAUUUCCUGCACUCUAAAGCAAAGAAAUACUCCAUUCAGGUGUGGUGCCAGGCCUUAAAUGAUUACAAAUAACGUUUGUUUUAAAUGACAGUGGCGCAACCAGUCCACAAGGUGGCGUAGUGCAACUCUUCCAUUCUUUGAGGAGUACCCGGACAUAGAAAGAUUAUAUGGACUAGUCAUGGCUUCUGUUCGGUUGUCCAGGUCUCAGAGAUUCUUCAAGAACUUCUCUCUGAUCCUCCUGAGUGGAUCCGUCUCUCUGCUCCUGUGGGCCGCUCUCAGACGCCCGCCGGGCUCUGACAGGAGUCCUCUCCCCGCUCUGGACCUCCUGCCCCUGGACUACGCUGCCGACCUGCCGGCCUGCUCAGCCAUCAUCCAGGGAGACCUGGACGGUCUGGAGAGGAAGCAGCUCAGCCUCCUGCUGAAGACCAUUAAGAAACAGCAGCUGCUGUCAGAGGCCUUCUACCACAACGUGACUCAGGACUGUCAGAGGUACGUCACAGAAAGAGAGUUCAUCAGCGUUCCUCUCAGUCAGGAGGAGAAGGAGUUCCCCAUCGCCUACUCCAUGGUCAUCCACGACAAGAUUGAGAUGUUUGAGCGGCUCCUGCGUGCCCUGUACACUCCUCAGAACGUGUACUGCGUCCACAUCGACCAGAAGUCAUCGGAGGCCUUCAGGACGGCAGUGAGGGCCAUCGUGUCCUGUCUGACUAAUGUGUUUGUGGCCAGUAAGUUAGAGAGUGUGGUAUACGCCUCCUGGUCCAGAGUGCAGGCUGAUCUGAACUGUAUGGAGGAUCUCCUGAAGUCACCUGUCCAGUGGAGGUACCUGAUCAACACCUGUGGAACAGACUUCCCCAUUAAGACCAACGCUGAGAUGGUUCAGGCCCUCAAGCUGCAGAACGGUAGGAACAGCAUGGAGUCAGAGACCACCGAUGACUAUAAAAACAGCAGAUGGCAGUUUCACCACAAAAUCACCAGCAACAUGGUGAUCAAGACGAACGUUAGGAAGAGCCCUCCUCCAAUCAGCACCCCCAUGUUUUCUGGCAACGCCUACUUCCUGGUGUCCAGGGCCUUUGUCCGUCACGUGAUGGAGUCUCAGGAGGUCCGGGCGCUGUUGGAGUGGGAGAAGGACACCUAUAGUCCUGAUGAACACCUGUGGGCCACCCUGCAGCGCAUGCCCUCUGUGCCAGGAUCUAACCCUCCGCACAUCAAGUACCAUGAAUCAGACAUGAACGCCAUUGCACGCAUUGUGAAGUGGCGUUCCCUGGAAGGAGAUGUGAGGAACGGAGCCCCAUAUCCACCCUGCUCGGGUGUCUACAGAAGGUCCAUUUGUGUCUACGGGGCUGGAGAUCUCAGGUGGCUCCUACAACAUCACCACCUCAUCGCUAACAAGUUUGACCCUGAGGUGGAUGAUGUGGCUAUCAGGUGUCUGGAGUCGUACCUGCGCUUCAAAGCUACAUACCGUGUUUCACUGAAGGACAGUGGAAUCUGAGAGGAUCUUACAAAAACUAUGAAAUGUUAAAAGUUGUAAAUAUGUUCAUGUGCAUUUAUUUGAAAUAUGUUUUGAAAUGUUGUAUAUUUCUGGUGGUACUGUAGAGAGGGUUGUACAUACAGUAACAUAGGUUUUAUUUAAAAUAUACCCUGAGUGUACAAAACAUUAGGAACACCUUCCUAAUAUUGAGUUGCACCCCCUUUCGCCCCCAGAUCAGCCUCAAACCUCAGGGCAUGGACUCUACAAGGUGUCGAAAGCGUUCCACAGGGAUGCUGGCCCAUGUUGACUCCAAUGCUUCCCACAGUUGUGUCAGGUUGGCUGGAUGUCCUUUGGGUGGUGGACCAUUCUCGAUACACACAGCAAACUGUUGAGCGUGGAAAACCCAGCAGCGUUGCAGUUCUUGGCACACUCAAACCGGUGCGCCUGGCGCCUACUACCAUACGCUGUUCCAAGGCGCUUAAAUCCUUCGUCUUGCCCAUUCACCCUCUGAAUGGCACACAUAUACAAUCCAUGUCUCAAUUGUCUCAAGGCUUAAAACUCCUUAUUUAACCUGUCUCCUCCCCUUCAUCUACACUGAUUGAAGUGGAUUUAACUGGUGACGUCAAUAUGGGAUCAUAGAUUUCACCAGGAUUCACCUGGUCAGUCUGUUCUGGAAAGAGCAGGUUUUGUCCAUUCAGUGUAUUUGAUAUAUUUCUGAUUGUACUGUGUAGAGCUGAUUGUACUGUAUAGUUCUGAUUGUACUGUAUAGUUCUGAUUGUACUGUGUAGUUCUGAUUGUACUGUAUAGUUCUGAUUGUACUAUGUAGUUCUGAUUGUACUGUAUAGUUCUGAUUGUACUGUGUAGAGCUGAUUGUACUGUAUAGUUCUGAUUGUACUGUAUAGUUCUGAUUGUACUGUGUAGAUCUGAUUGUACUGUGUAGAGCUGAUUGUACUGUGUAGUUCUGAUUGUACUGUGUAGAUCUGAUUGUACUGUAUAGUUCUGAUUGUACUGUGUUGUUCUGAUUGUACUGUGUAGUUCUGAUUGUACUGUGUAGAUCUGAUUGUACUGUGUAGUUCUGAUUGUACUAUGUAGUUCUGAUUGUACUGUGUAGUUCUGAUUGUACUGUGUAGUUCUGGUUGUACUGUGUAGUUCUGGUUGUACUGUGUAGUUCUGAUUGUACUGUGUAGUUCUGAUUGUACUGUGUCGUUCUGAUUGUACUGUGUCGUUCUGAUUGUACUAUGUAGUUCUGAUUGUACUAUGUAGUUCUGAUUGUACUGUAUAGUUCUGAUUGUACUGUGUAGUUCUGAUUGUACUGUAUAGUUCUGAUUGUACUGUGUAGAUCUGAUUGUACUGUGUAGUUCUGAUUGUACUGUAUAGUUCUGAUUGUACUGUGUAGUUCUGAUUGUACUGUGUCGUUCUGAUUGUACUGUGUCGUUCUGAUUGUACUGUGUAGUUCUGAUUGUACUGUGUAGUUCUGAUUGUACUAUGUAGUUCUGAUUGUACUGUGUAGUUCUGAUUGUACUGUGUAGUUCUGAUUGUAUAUUCCAGACAUACAUGUAUUUCUUCCUGUGCGCUGUAUUUAUGACAGCAGCAGUACCAUCUAGUGGAAUGACUAGUCUAACUGAACACAGCAUUUUGGUAUACACAAAGUUAGUUACACCUUACUAUAAACUGGGUAGUUCGAGCCCAGGAUGCUGAUUGGCUGACAGCCGUGGUAUAUCAGACCGUAUACCACAGGUAUGGCAAAACAUGUAUUUUUACUGUUCUAAUUACGUUGGUAACCAGUUUAUAACAGCAAUAAGGCACCUUGGGGGUUUGUGAUAUAUGGCCAAUGUACCACGGCUAAGGGCUGUGUCAAGGCACUCCACGUUGCGUCGUUCCCGUGGUAUAUUGUCCAUAUACCACAACCCCUCGGGCCUUAUUGAUUAAUUAACUAAUACUACAGAAGUAGUUGAUCUUUCCUCUGUGUUUUAAUCAAAAUUCAGUGUUUCUGUAUCAGUAUGGACUUUAAAAUAAUUCCUUUGGGGUCAUUUUGACCCCAGACAGAAACACAUCAUUCCUCCUAUAGUAAUUUAAUAAAACUGACCUUUAUUGGAAUAUAAGUUUCUCUGGAGACAUAAUUACCAGAGGGUGGAGAGAGAAUAUCUUAUGCACAACACAAAAACUGUCCAGUUGUGCGGAUGAUUCUAGUUGUGAGGGGCGGCAGCGUAGCCUAGUGGUUAGAGCGUUGGACUAGUAACCGAAAGUUUGCAAGAUUGAAUCACCGCGCUGACAAGGUACAAAUCUGUUGUUCUGCCCCUGAACAAGGCAGUUAACUCACUGUUCCUAGGCCGUCAUUGAAAAUAAGAACUUGUUCUUGACUGACUUGCCUAGUUAAAAAUAAAGGUUAAAUAAA